UAAGAAAAGAAACAAAGAAAGAAAAGAAAUAAUAAUUUUGGCGACCAAAAAAAUUGUUCUUGCACACACAAACUCAGUCCCAAACUCAGGUCAGGAGUUGAGUGUUCUCGUUUGUACAUCGCCGUCGAUUCCCAUUUGUUCCUGAUUCACUUCAAUUCCCUCUACUUCAAUCUCAAAUCUCAAUCCCAACUUCUCCAACACUUGGCCGGAGAUUCCUCUUCUUUCCGGCAGAUUUCAGCUCCAAAACUCGACAUUCCUCGGCGUUUCUACUUUCCUCUCUCUCCGAUUUCAUUUUCUACAUUAUUCUUCUUGCUGUUUUUCUGACUGUAUUCAAGGGUUUCCGCCCGGUUGCGAACUGGCUAUGGACUACGAGCCCUAUGAUAGUAGCGGAACUGACGAUGAUCUCCCGCCAUCUCACCAGAAUAGAAUUGCAAGAGGAGGGGGCCGUGUUUCAGGGAAUGGAAGAUCAGUCAUGGGUUCUGUUCCAUAUCCCAGGAUGUAUGCUGAAACUGACAUGGAAGCUCAAAUUCAUCAACUUGAGAAGGAAGCUUACAGUUCUGUUCUUAGAGCCUUUAAAGCUCAAGCUGAUGCCAUUACUUGGGAGAAAGAAAGUUUGAUCACAGAACUCAGAAAAGAGUUAAGAUUGUCCAAUGAGGAGCACAGGGAGCUUCUAGGACGUGUUAACGCAGAUGACAUGAUUAGAAGUAUAAGGGAAUGGAGACAGGCAGGUGGGCAUCAGCCUGGCAAGCUCAGUACCAGCCAAGCCAUUCAUGAUCCAAUACCCAGCCCUACUGUCUCUGCAUCACGCAAGAAACAGAAACUAACUCAUUUGGUACCUCCACAAUCAUUUACCGGCCCAUCUCCGUCCUUUCACCAACAAACUGUUCCUCCCCCUCAUCAGCCAUCCUCAUCUGUUGCAAAAAGAGGAGCUAUCCCUCCCACCAAGGGCAAAAAACAAAAAUCUAUAUUACCUGGGGCAUCUUCAGCUAAACAGUACCAAACUUCAGUUCCUAGUGGUAGGAAUCAAGUAGGUAAUAGAGUUUCUUCUGGAGCCAUUGAGCCAGCUGAAGGAGCAACUUUGAAUCCACUUAUUGGGAGGAAAGUAAGAACUAGAUGGCCAGAUGAUAAUAACUUUUAUGAAGCUGUUAUAACUGAUUACAACGCUGCUGAGGGACGGCAUGCCUUGGUUUAUGAUAUUGGUUCUGCUAAUGAGACGUGGGAGUGGGUUAAUCUCUCAGAGAUAUCUCCUGAGGACAUCCAAUGGGUUGAUGAGGAUCCUGGAAUCCCCCAUAGAGGUGGUUAUGGUGGAUCAGGUCAUGGAAUGAACCGAUCUGUAGGCCGUGAUGGUUCUGGUGCAGGUAGAGGUAGAGGAGUCCCCAAGUCCCAGUCCAGAAAAGAUUUCUUGCCAUCUCAAAAUGGUAUUGGCAAGAAGACAUCCGACGAUAUACGGAUACUCCACACAGAAACUCUAAUUAGAGAGGUGGAGAGAGUCUUUGGUUCAAAUCAUCCAGAUCCCCUUGAAAUUGAAAGGGCAAAGAAAGUUCUUAAUGACCAUGAACAAUCACUUAUCGAUGCUAUUAAUAAGCUUGGAGACAUUUCUGAAGUCGGAAGUGACGAAGGUGGCCACCGGUUUUCGCAUGGGCAGUCUAUGGACCGGGAAUAACAACACAGUUUCAAACCGAAGGUGGUUCACUCAGUAAGAGCAUCCUUUUGAUAUAAAAAAGGCGACGGGAUGUGGUAAGCAACUUUUGAGUUGACUAGGGAGUGACACCCUAAACUCUCAAGGGCCUUUUCCUGUAAAAUAUACAAGAAUUGAGUUGAAUGUUCCCUCGCUUAGGUUAACUAUGGGGUUUUUGUUCUAUUAGCAUAGAGAUGGUUCUUAGGAGAAUGGGGUGGGGUUGGUUGUUUUCAUCUUUUCUUCUUAUUAUUCUCCCUUUUUUGUUGGCAAUGGUAAGAAUUAACAUAGGAAGGCUGAUGAUACUUGUGUAACAUUAUUUGAAUAGUGAUUUAAGAUGUGACCCUUGUAUAAACUUUUAAGAA